CCCCGGUCCCGAUGCGUCUUCCCUUCCCCGAUCCCCCCGUGGCCUUCCCUAGUCGCCUAUUGCCUCGCCGGUGAUCGAUAUGGCGGCGGAAUUGGCUGUGUCGGCGGCCCCCGCCGCUUACUUCCCGGUCGUCUUCUUCGACGGCGAUAGCGAGAUCGACGUUGGAUCUGUUCUGGUGCACCCGUCGGUCGGCUUUAAGAAGUUCCAGGCCAGCGUCAGCCAACGGAUCGGUGUCGCCCCUCACCAGAUCUCCAUCUCGCUCGUCCGCCGCAAGAAGGCCCGGGUGUCUCCGGAGGUCCGCCGCAAGGUGACGAUUGACGAGGCGUCCGACUUCGCGGCGAUCGCCCGCGAGAGGGACUGCUUCGUCCUCGCCGUACUUCGCCGGCCACGGCGGGAGAGGCGGGGCCGGUCCAAGAGGAAGAGCCAUGAAGUCGGCGAGGAGAAGAAGGCGGUUCCGGAGAUGACGAUCCUGAGGCGGAACCCGAUGGGGUCCGGGGUCCUCGAUCCGAUGCGCGGUGGGCUGGUGCCGGAGGCGAUCGCCGGAUUGGGGCUGUGGGAUUACGAGGCCCAGCUGCGGAGCAUCCAGCGGCAGCGGGAGAGGCUCCUGAUAUCGACCGCGGCGGCGGCGGCGGCGGAGGUCUCGUACUACCCAUUCGCGGUCGGUCAUCGUCCUUCGUCGCCGGCCUCGUGCCGUGAGUGCGAGGCGGCGAAGGCGGCUGGUCGGUCGCCGGGGUUCCAUUGGUGCGUCCACGACGCGGUCACCAUUGGCUUCCGGUCGCCGGUGGGGCCCAUCCAGCGUCCCUCGAAGAGCCACGUCGAAGCUUCCGCUUAGCUGGACGGAUACGAUCGAACGCAUCCCUUUUUUAUUUCCAUCUUUAUUUUCGAUUUAAUUCUUCGUUAAAAAAACGAAAAGGGUAGAGAGAGAGAGAGAGAGAGAGAAGAGAGUAGACUUUGAACUGUGUGUUUGUACACGGGGUGGCGUUAAAAAUACGAACCUCGGUGUGAUGGUAUCAGGGAGUAUACCGUAUGAUCAAAGUGAAGACGGUGGUGAGCUCCGCCGGGGAAGGAGGAGCUACAGUUUGUGAAUGGGUGCGUCGCAUUGACGUCCGAGAUACAGUUUGGUCCAAAGCUUAGGAGUAAUCCCUUUUAUCCUUUUA